AUGUCUCGAAUGAACUAUUACGGUCAACCCGGUCAACCCGGUCAUUAUAAUCAAUCAGGCCAACCUGGUGAACAAUAUUAUCAAUAUUAUCCUCCACCACCUCCAACGGAACCAAAAUAUAAUCCAAAUGCUCAUCAAUAUUCACCUCCUCCAGUUCCUCCACCUUCAUUUUCACAAUCUCAAUCCAUGGGAGGAGGAAGGGCUGCUAUCUUUUUCUUAUUACAUUUCGUUGCAUUCAUCGCUGUGUCCGUAAUCGCUUUAAGAAAUUACGCAGUACUUCAACGUAGUGGAGCUAAAACCGGUCAAGAUGUUACAUUAAAUUGGAGUAUACUAUGGCUAUUAUUAGUUUGUGUUGGAAUAGUUAUUCAAACUUGGGUACAUGUUACAACUUCCGGAGUUUUUGCUACAUAUUAUUUCCUUGCAGGAACACCUGAAGGAGUUCCUUCUUCACCUACUUUAAAAAGUGCAAAACGUGCUUCAACUACAAGUUUUGGAAGCAUUUGUUUAGGAAGUUUACUCGUUGCUAUUUUACAAGUUAUUGGUGCACUUUUGAGAAGCGCGGCGCAGGAUACCGAUAAUCCGUUUGGAGCUUUUUGUGCCGCUUGUGCUGCGGUACUUGUCGGUUGUAUCGAAUCAUUAUUGCAAUAUUUCAACUUUUAUGCUUAUACGCAAGUUGCAAUUUACGGAAAGUCAUUCUGGGAAUCUGCAAAGGAUACUUGGGCAUUAGUCAAAGAUCGUGGUGUUGAUGCAAUUAUAAAUGAUAAUUUAAUUGGUAACGUCUUAGUUAUGGGUGCAUUUCUCGUGGGAAUUAUCACGGCAUUAUUAAGUUAUUUGUACACGAUUAUAUUUGAACUUUCAUUUAAUCGUAAUGGAGAAUUUACUCCUUUGAUUGUUUUCUUGGGAUUCAUCGUUGGUUUUCAAAUGUUGAAUAUCAUUGGAUCUGUUAUAUUGAGUGGAACUGCUACCACUUUUUUAUUCACGUAG